AUGGACGACUGCUCUGCUGACGAGGCGAUGGAUGUCUGCAUCGAAUCACCGGAGACUAGGCGCAUCUCCGAGAAACCUCUGCCGGUCGACCGGCCCUCCGGCUCUUUCCAUUCGGGCGCGGUACCACUCAACCCAUGGCUCUCAUAUAAUCAAGAGUUUCAUCAAAUCUCUGAUCAGACGCUCGAUGACUUGACCGAGGUGCUCGAACGACUGGUCGAAUCCGACCAUCCCGAGGUAACCGGCUGGGACGUAGAUUAUUCGCGGUUUGAUUACGAUAAGAGACGGAAGUCUUGGUUCUACAGUCGAGAAGGGAAUGAAUUGAUAGGCUUGAUGAGCUCGGAAAUCGACAGUAUUUUAGGCGCAAACUUCUUUUCCAAACUGUUACAAUCUUCCAACCUUUCACAACAGUAA